AUGUUGAUCGAAACAUUAUCCUCUAGCAUGGCAAGCCAACUCCCAGACGAGGUCCUUCUCCAGAUUUUGCACUAUCUUCCUAAAAGUGUCAAGCAUCCUAACCCCCAAGCCGACUUACUGAAUGCGCUCUCGACAUGCAAGCAACUGGCACCACUUGCCCGAGAGGUUCUCUUCUGCGCACCAAUACUGUACUCAAGUAAGGUCGACCACUUCCUCGCUUCUCUCUUCCAGUACCCAGACCUGCGAUACAAGAUCCGCAGCCUGACCGUCGAAACGAAAAUCCGUGGAAUGUGCAUAGGACCGAACCCCAUUCCAGCACUCGAUCCAGACCUACUAUCGAAAGCCAUCAGCCAUAUCAGCACACUAGACAUCGAUCCUCUGACGAAACAACACUUCGCCGAAUCCCUGUAUGCCGGAAACGAAUACGAUGGCCCAAGCAUCCUCCUCAGCCUCGUGCUGACCAUGCUACCCAACCUGCAAGAACUGUAUCUCGGGGGCUCGAUACUCUACAACUUCCCCUUCCUCCAACCCCUGCUCUACCAUAGCAGCCUCUUUCCAGCCCACACCCCCGAUCUAGGCGCCCUCCUCCCUCUCUUCAGCCACAAACUCGUCGUACUUGAACUGCCCAACGACUUCCGCACCUCGCCUUCCAGCAGGUCCGACUAUCGGGGCUCUGUGCAUGGUAUUCCGAAGUAUUUUCCGAAGUUGCGCACGCUUGUGCUGCCGAGUGAUAACGUGGUACAUGCGUACUACAAAGAAGUCGUGCCGUCCAAGCUCGAACGGCUUAUCCUGACCGACUGUCUCGGUAAGGAGGCAGAAAGGUGGGUGAAGCACGUAGCCAUGGCAAAGACAACGCUGUUUCCCAACCUGGCAAAAGUGAGCUUGUAUCACUGCUACCCUGGAAAUGCCGCUAAAGUGGCGUCACGGGAGUUUAUGAAGAAGAUGGGUAUACUAUUCUACCAGUAUAUUCCACUCUUUCAUCUCUGGAACACCAAUGAGUUUUUCCACCCAUGGAUGUAUGGUGGUGACGAGCUUGAUCUUGCAGUGGUGGAUAUGGAUGAAAGAGAACGUAGAUGGGAUAAGGUGGAAAGGGAUGAGAAGAAGAAGCGAGAGGCUAGGAAAAUUGCAUGGGGUGGAGUUGCAGGCAUGCGGAACAACAUGGAAUUGUAG